AUGGUUGAAUGCUAUCUUUACAGACUCCCAAACGAGUUGCUCCUACAUCUUCUCACACCCAUACCUACACCGGAACUUCUAAAGUUGACCACGAUAUCGCACCGUAUAUACACGCUCAUUUUACGUAUUUUACACAACCGGCUCACUGCAGCUGCCGAGCUGCAUUCACACUCGAUGCUGCUCGAAUGUUUCCACCCCUCCGCGAAGCUCACCGAGCCACCAUAUUUUUGUACAUACAAAUGCACGGAUGGCUUGACACAGUACGAUGAGACCAACUCUAGUACGAAAGAGGUUGGUAGACUAGGCGAGAUGUACAAUAUGUACUCGCGCUUCCGGCCACAUAGACGCGAUCUAGAAGCAGGUGGGAGGAGAGUGAAGCGCAGACCUGGAGAUGUACCUGGCAGUCGCACAUUCCCGGGGGCAGUGCAGGAGAAGUACGAAGGCGAAACGGUCAAGCAGACGCUCAGCUUAGAGGCGCAUGAACUGUUCACACAGCUGGUUGCGCAAACAAAUCUUGUCAAGAUUGGUUCUCACAACCUCUUUACCAACUUUGUUGAUGUCGAGGAAGGUGUACUCCGAGUGUGGAGAGAAUGGCUACGCGACAUUGCCGCGAGAGGCUCGACAGCUAACACAGAAGUGCCAAACGAGAUCGUCGAGGAAGUAGGUAAGGGGAAAGAGAUCGUGAGCGAGGUAGAAGAGAAGAAGGCUGAUUUGGAGGAUCCACGCAUUCUUUGGGUCAGUCCGAGGAAGGACAGUGGUAUACGUUUCAAUGUGAGAGAGAGGAAACUUCGGAGAGACGCACCAAUCCUGAUCAGCACGGAUGAGGAUAUGCCCGUUACUUACGACAUCGAGCUUGACGAGCUGCUCAUACGAACGUCGCAUCUCCUCUUGAUGCUGGAAAAGUCCAUGCUGCAGGAGGACAAUUCAUCUGGCAAAGCAGUCGUCUUCGGAUCUUUCGGGUAG